CAGCUUAUUCUAUUUGGAGAAUAAUAUCAACAGAGGACACCAAUUAACUGACACUGCCGAACACUUGAACACGAUAGCUUCAUAGACUUAUUGGAAAGAUGUCUGCCGGCGGCAUGCUUCAGUUCGGUGUGCGAAUCGGGCGAAAAGCUUUGCCGUGCAUAAGGCUGAAUUGGCGAGGAUGUCAGUCUAAGGCAAUUUCAGGAAGUUCCGUCGAUAUAACAAAAAUCCCUCUAACGGAACCUUUGCCGGGUCUGCCUGCCGUUACAUACGCAAAACCCUCUGCUCAGCCGGACGAAACUAUCGUAACCAAACUUGACAACGGGAUCCGUGUCGCAUCACAGAAUCGUUUCGGGCAUUUCUGCACAGUCGGAGUUGUUAUUGACUCGGGCCCACGUUACGAAGUGGCGUUCCCAUCUGGACUAACACACUUCCUCGAGAAACUUGCAUUUGGAGCCACUAGUAAAUUCGGAUGCCGCGAUGAAGUUCUUCAGGUGCUGGAGAAACAAGGUGGCAUUUGUGACUGCCAGUCCUCUCGCGACACUAUGAUCUACGCGGCAUCGGCCGACUCUCGGGGUUUGAAUAACGUCAUCGAUCUUCUCUCUGAGGUAACACUUCGGCCCCGAAUUACUGAAGAAGAGUUGGACGCGUCCCGAGAAGCUAUUAAAAGUGAACUUCGUGACGUUGACAUGCGACCUGACCAGGAGACGCUGCUCAUGGAAAUGAUCCACAAGGCGGCGUACAGAAACAACACGUUAGGUUUGCCGAAACUCUGCCCAGCCGAGAAUAUCGCUCUAAUCGAUCGAAAAACGCUUUUCACCUUUCUUAAACAGCGAUACGCAGCAAAACAUAUGGUGGUCUCUGCCGUGGGGGUCAAUCAUGAUGAGCUCGUUGAAGCAGUGAACAAGCACUUCGUCCAGAAGAAGCCGAUCUGGAUAGACGAUUCAUCUCUAGUAAAUGAUACAUCACCUGAAGCAGACGAUUCGAUUUCGCAGUAUACUGGAGGCGUUUUAAAAGUAACCAAAGAUUUGUCGAACAUGUCGUUAGGCCCAACACCUAUACCGAAUCUGGCACACGUUGUCCUUGCGCUAGAGUCUGCGUCACAUCGUGACCCAGACUUCAUUACUUUCUGUGUCAUUAACAUGUUAAUGGGCGGCGGUGGUAGCUUCUCUGCGGGCGGCCCUGGAAAAGGCAUGUACUCACGACUUUACACCAACGUCCUAAAUAGGUACCACUGGAUGUAUAAUGCAACGGCGUACAAUCAUGCCUACAAUGAUACCGGAAUCUUCUGUAUUCACGCAUCCGCAGACCCUCCUGCGCUGAGCGAGCUCGUUAGCAUCAUUGUCAAUGAAUUUGCUAUGUUAACGGGCCGAAUCGGAGAGGUGGAAUUGAGCCGAGCGAAAAAGCAGCUUCAAAGCAUGCUUCUUAUGAAUCUAGAGCAACGGCCAGUUCUGUUUGAGGACAUUGGUCGACAGGUGCUAGCUACGGGCAAACGUAGAAAUGCCGACUAUUACAUCGAAGCAAUUGACGCCAUCAAAGAAGAAGAUAUUCACCGAGCUGCCCAAAGAAUGCUUCGUACGAGGGCUUCGAUAGCAGCCUUAGGCGACCUUGAUCGAUUACCAGCGUUGGAGGAAAUCGAGACAAACCUGGUUAAUCCUGGCGCUCGUCGAACCAAACGGUUUUCUCUGUUUAGAUAAAUUGUCUUACUGUAAAUGUUGUAUAUAUAGGCAAACGCGUAUAGUCAAUAGAGCGAUACCGACUUCUUAUCGAGCUACCCACUGAUAGAUUUCACAUCCGCUAAUGGAAAAUAUCAAUAAAAUUGAUUAGACCUUUUACGUUAAA